UAACUAACACCUAAAAUAAGAAAAAUGUACAAUUUGAGAUAUUCUUCCCUCUCAUUUUUUUCCUUGCAAAAAUUUACAAACCCAUCAAAACCCACCUCAAUUUCCCUCAAUUUCACCCAAAAUCACAUCCCAAAACAUUUAAAUUCAAUGAUUUCAAGAAUAUCAACCUCAAAUUCUGAAACAAUCCAAUUAAAACCACCCCAAAAAUCAGUAAUCUAUAAAGUUCCAGCAUUGGAAAGUAAUGACAUUGAUAAAAUUACAGGGCAAUAUUUUCAAAGAUACUAUCUUUCUUCUGAAAAUAAGAGAAAUGGAAAAGGGGUUUGCAUUUUGUGGUUUAGAAAUGAUUUAAGAGUGUUGGAUAAUGAAGCACUGUUCAAAGCUUGGGCUUCUUCUGAGGUUGUUUUGCCUGUUUAUUGUGUUGAUCCUCGCCUUUUUGGGACUACUUAUAGCUUUGGGUUCCCUAAAACUGGAGCAUUAAGAACACGCUUUCUCAUAGAAUGUUUAGCUGAUUUAAGGAAGAAUUUGCGGAAGCACGACCUAAACUUGCUGAUUAAACAUGGAAAGCCUGAGGAAAUUCUUCCUGCACUAGCAGAAACCUUUGGAGCUCACACAAUAUAUGCACAGAAAGAAACAUGCAGCGAGGAGCUAAAUGCUGAAACACGGUUAAAUAAAGGCCUGCAGAAAGUAUCUCUUCCAUCAACAGCAGGAACAUCUGCAUCCCAAAAUGGAGCAAAGACUCCUAGAUUGCAACUUGUUUGGGGGGCUACUUUGUACCAUAAAAAUGAUCUCCCUUUCAACAUGAGUGACAUUCCCGAUGUCUACACACAAUUCCGCAAGUCCAUUGAAUCCAAGUGCAAAAUCAGAGCCUGCAUCAAGAUCCCUUCAUCACUUGGCCCUCCACCUGAAAUUCAAGACUGGGGUGCCAUUCCUUCUAUUGACCAGUUUGGAUUACAGAAUCAAGAGGUAGACAAAGGUUUAUUGUUUGUUGGGGGUGAAAGUGCUUCACUCAGCCGAGUCCAUGAAUACUUCUGGAAACAGGAUUUGUUGAAAACAUACAAGGAGACAAGGAAUGGAAUGAUUGGAUCUGAUUACUCGACAAAGUUUUCUCCAUGGCUGGCUAGUGGAAGCUUAUCCCCACGUUUCAUAUACGAGGAAGUCAUGAGGUAUGAGAGAGAGAGGCUGGCAAAUGAUUCAACAUACUGGGUGUUAUUCGAACUAAUAUGGAGAGAUUACUUCAGGUUCCUGUCAAUCAAAUACGGAAAUUCUAUUUUCCAUUUAGGCGGGCCUAGGCAUUUAGAUAACAAAUGGAGCCAGGAUAAAACAUUGUUUGAAUCAUGGAAGGAAGGAAAAACUGGGUAUCCUUUAAUAGAUGCAAAUAUGAAAGAACUAGCAACUACGGGUUUCAUGUCCAACAGAGGUAGGCAGAUUGUUUGUUCUUUCCUUGUGAGGGAUAUGGGGAUUGACUGGCGUAUGGGGGCAGAAUGGUUUGAGACGUGCCUCUUGGAUUACGAUCCUUGUUCUAAUUAUGGAAAUUGGACAUAUGGAGCAGGUGUUGGAAAUGAUCCCAGAGAAGAUAGAUAUUUCAGCAUCCCCAAACAGGCACAGGUAUAUGACCCUGAAGGUGAGUAUGUAGCCUACUGGUUACCGGAGUUAAAACGGCUUCCCAAGGAUAAACGUCAUUUUCCGGGGUUUUCGUACCUUAAACCAAUAGUGCCCCUCAAGUUUGGAAAUACUGGCAAACAGGGUGGCCAAAAGGCUGGACCUUCUCGGAGAGAGAACAGAACUGGCGGAGGGCCGAGGAACAAACACUUCACAAGAUAAAGGAUGCACAUUGUAUACUGUACUGAAGAACUGUCCUAAAAGUAUUAAAUGAAGUUGAAUAAAGAACUAGAUAUUUUUUUCGAAAAAUAGAAAAUGAGGUCUUCAAUAGAGGGGGCCUUGUGCACGAGGUACAAUUUUUUAUUUAUUUAGGAAAGGAGGUCUUUAAGUUUAAUAUUUCUGUAUUUUUGAAAUUGAUAUGUACUUGAUCCCUUGUAAUUCCUUUCAAGCAUAACAGUUUGACUUCAGAUUUUGAUUAUAAGAAAAA